ACCGGUGCGGAGGUGGUGCGGAGCGUGUCGGCUUUCAGCUACUCUCAAAGUGUGGCGUCGCGCGUGGCUGCGGCGGAGCCUCUGUAAGGAAGGCGGGAGCUUGACAGCUUCAGUAAAGGCCAGCAGUGGUGACAGAAACCCGGAGUCAUGAGCGACAGCGGCGAGCAGAACUACGGCGAGCGGGAAUCCCGUUCUGCUUCCCGAAGUGGAAGUGCUCACGGAUCGGGGAAAUCUGCACGGCAUACACCUGCAAGAUCUCGCUCCAAGGAAGAUUCGAGGCGUUCUAGAUCAAAGUCAAGGUCCAGAUCUGAAUCUAGAUCUAGAUCCAGAAGAAGUUCUAGAAGGCAUUAUACAAGGUCACGAUCACGAUCUCGCUCCCAUAGACGAUCCCGGAGCAGGUCUUACAGCCGAGAUUAUCGCAGGCGACACAGCCACAGCCAUUCUCCCAUGUCUACUCGAAGGCGUCAUGUUGGGAACCGGGCAAAUCCUGACCCCAACUGUUGUCUUGGGGUAUUUGGGUUGAGCUUGUACACCACAGAAAGAGAUCUAAGAGAAGUGUUCUCUAAAUAUGGCCCCAUUGCGGAUGUGUCUAUUGUGUAUGACCAGCAGUCUAGACGUUCAAGAGGAUUUGCCUUUGUAUAUUUUGAAAAUGUAGAUGAUGCCAAGGAAGCUAAAGAACGUGCCAAUGGAAUGGAGCUUGAUGGACGACGAAUUAGGGUCGAUUUCUCUAUAACCAAAAGACCCCAUACCCCAACACCAGGAAUUUAUAUGGGGAGACCCACUUAUGGCAGUUCACGUCGCCGAGACUAUUAUGACAGAGGAUAUGAUCGAGGUUAUGAUGACCGGGACUAUUAUAGCAGAUCAUACAGAGGAGGUGGUGGAGGAGGAGGUGGAUGGAGAGCAGCUCAAGACAGGGAUCAGAUUUACAGAAGGCGGUCACCUUCUCCUUACUACAGUCGUGGAGGAUACAGGUCACGUUCUCGAUCACGAUCCUACUCACCUCGUCGCUAUUAAAGCAUGAAGUUGAAGACUUUCUGAAACCUGCCAUAGAGCUGGGAUAUUGUUUGUGGACAAUAUUUUCUAUUGUCUCCUGUUUAAAAAGUGAACAGUGCCUAGUGAAGUUAGGUGACUUUUACACCUUUUAUGAUGACUACUUUUGGUGGAGUUGAAAUGCUGUUUUCAUUCUGCAUUUGUGUAGUUCGGUGCUUUGUUCAAAGUUAAGUGUUUUCAGAAAAGUAUGUUUUGCAUGUAUUUUUUUACAGUCCAAAUUUUGACUGCUGAGAAGUUUCUAUUGUACAAAACUUCAUUUAAAAAAGGUUUUUCUACUGAAUUCAGGGUAUUCUGAAGAUCGAAGCCUGUGUGUAAAAUGCUACCAGAUGGCAAAAAGCAACAAUAAACAAGUUUGAUUUUUACUUUUCUUCCUAAAUAUCAAUGCUUAACCAGAAACAUUCUUAAGUUAUCAGUAAGAAAUUUAAAAAUUAAAUAAAAAUAAUUUUCUUUCAGGAGUCCAUGAAACUUGCCAUAUUCAAUAUACCUGCAAAUAAGUGUUAAAAAUACGCUGUAACUCUGUACUGCUAGUAUUAGAACAAAAAUCUUUCCAUACAGCAAAUGCUUAAUGCUUACAUUGAUGUGGAUUUGUCGGCCUUUGUGUAAUCUGUAUUAUAUAUAGCAGGGAAUAAGAGCUGCAGACAGAUACAUGCCUUUAAAAGGCUGUUUCUUACAGCUGUUACAAGGAGAUAAUGGUAUUUCAACUAAUUAUCAGCAAAUGACAAUACAUUCCACCACAAAUGUACUCUUGUUCUUCUAGCUUUUAGACUAUAUGAAAAUACUGGGUGCUUCAAAGUAUGGAAUGAGAGAAGGGAUCAGCACACCUGUGUCAUGGAUAAAGACUGCCUGUUCAUUUUUUAAAUAUGAUUUUCAGGUCCUUUGCUUACCAAAGGAGGCCCAAUUCACUCAAAUGUUUUGAGAACUGUUUAAAUAAAGGCAAGAAAAAUUGCUGAUGCAACUUGUUUUACAAAGAA